AGUAAUCAAGCUGGAGGGAAUGCUGGGUGGUGGUAGAUGCCGUGGAGAAGAAUAAAGCAGAGAAGGGAGAACACUUCUGGAAGGCGGUUGCCAUUUUAAAUAGUAUAGCCCUCCCUGAGGAGGUGACAGAGACCAGAGAGAGCGAGGGGGCUGUGCACUUGGGUGGGAGGAGGCAGGAGCCUGCCACCUGUCAGGGCAGAGCUGGAAGGAUGUGGGCAGAGGGGAGCAGAGGGCCAGCUCCUUACAGCUCUGUUGAAACCUUGGCUCUCGCUCUGAGAAGGGACGUGCUAAUUCAUAGAAGUUUGGCACCAAAGCUCCUUUGAAAAUAGAAGCCUAAUUAUAAUGAUAGCUGCCAUUUAUUGAGCAUUUACUGUGUGCCAAGCCCCGUUCUAAGGCGCUUUACGUGUGUUAACUCAUAGAAGCUUGGCAACUAAGAACCUUCAAGAAUAGAACCUGAAUGACCAUAAUGGCCAUCAUUAAAUCAGCACUCACGGUGGACCAGGCCCUGUAAGCGCUUUGUAUGGACAAUCGCAUCGGAUCCUUAUGAGUUAUGCCACCGCCGCGGGGCGACGUGACCGCCUUGUUCCUGGGGCCUCCGGGCUCUGGAAAGUCCGCUCUGAUUGCAGCGCUGUGCGACAGAAAUGUGGAGACGAUAGAGAUCCCCGAGGGACGGCCGUACUCAGGGAUCCCCAGCCUGCGAGCGGCGGGCCCCGGCCUCUUCCUGGGCGAGCUGAGCUGCCCACCCGCAGCGCCGGGGCCCUGGGCGGCGGAGGCCAAUGUGCUGGUACUGGUCCUGCCCGACCCCGAGGGGAAUGGGGAGCCCUUGGCCCCAGCGCUGGGAGAGGCGGCGCGGGCCGCCCUGGCCCGUGGGACCCCGCUGUUGGCUGUGCGGAACCUCCGUCCUGGGGAUUCACAAAAUGAAGACCAGGCCCGGGAUCAGACAGCGGCCCUGCUGAACAGCGCGGGGCUGGGGACCGCGGCUCUCUUCGUGCUGCCGGCGGACUGCGGCAGCCGAGAUGACUGUAAGGAAUUGGAGCGCCUGCGGGUGGCGCUGCAGAGCCAGGCGGAGGUGUUGCAGAGGCUCCUGCCACCGGCUCAGGAUGGCUUCGAGGUCCUGGGUGCAGCAGAGCUGGAGGCUGUGCGGGAGGCCUUUGAGACCGGUGGCCUGGAGGCGGCACUGUCGUGGGUUCGCGCUGGCCUGGAGCGGCUGGGCAGCGCGCGGCUGGACCUGGCCGUGGCCGGCACGGCUAAUGUGAGCCUUGUGCUGAACACGCUCCUCGGGUUGGAUCCCGGCGAUCCAGAUGCGGAGCCUGUUUUCAUGCCCGCGGGGCCCACACCCUACCCGGCCCCGGAGCGUCCCAAUGUGGUGCUCUGGAGUGUGCCUCUGGGCUCCGCGGGCAUUGCUGCCGCCCCCCAUCCCACCCACUACGACGCCCUCAUCCUCGUCACCCCGGGAGCGCCCACUGAGAAGGACUGGGCUCAGGUUCGGCCCUUGGUGCUGCCAGAUGCACCGCUGGUCUGCGUGCGAACAGACGGCGAGGGCGAGGAUCCAGAGUAUCCCGAGGAAGAGGGAAAGGCAGAGAAGCCCGGCAGCGAGAGCUUAGAGAACGCUGGCGGAGGGGAGUUGAAGAAUGCACGCGGUGAGGGAAGGGAGAAACGUGGCGCUGGAUUGCAGAAGGGUAGCGGGGAAGGUUCAGAGAAAGCAGGCAGCGGGGAAGGUUCAGAGAAAGCAGGCAGCGAGAGUUUGCCACGUGUUGGCGGCGGCGCGAAGAAAUCGGGCAGUGGGGACUCAGAGCGUGCGGCCGCACUGAGCCCCGAGGAUGAGACGUGGGAGGUGCUGGAGGAGGCACCGCCACCUGUGUUCCCCCUGCGGCCCGGCGGACUCCCCGGGCUCUGCGAGUGGCUGCGGCGCGCGCUGCCGCCCGCCCAGGCGGGGGCGCUGCUGCUGGCGCUGCCGCCCGCGUCUCCCCACGGGGCCCGGAUGAAGGCCGCGGCGCUGCGGGCCGGGGCGUGGCGUCCGGCCCUGCUGGCUAGCCUGGCGGCGGCGGCGGCACCCAUACCGGGGCUAGGCUGGGCGUGCGACGUGGCGCUUCUGCGGGGUCAGCUGGCGGAGUGGCGGCGGGCGCUGGGGCUCGAACCCGCGGCGCUGGCUCGACGCGAGCGCGCGCUAGGCCUGGCCCCUGGGGAGCUGGCGGAGCGGACGCGCUUCCCGGGCCCGGUGACGCGCGCCGAAGUGGAGGCGAGGCUGGGCGCGUGGGCCGGCGAGGGCACCGCCGGGGGCGCGGCGCUGGGCGCGCUCUCCUUCCUGUGGCCCGCGGGCGGGGCAGCGGCCACCGGCGGCCUGGGUUACCGCGCGGCGCACGGCGUCCUGCUGCAGGCCCUCAACGAGAUGCAGGCCGAUGCCGAGGCGGUGCUGGCACCCCAUGUGCCCGCGCAGUGAGGGGUGGGAUGAGGGCCGGGGCUUCCGGGCUCCCAGCGUCCCAGCUGCUUGGCCCCGCCAGGAGCUGAGGACUCCCAAGUCCCGGUUAGAGGGAGGGGGGUUAGGGGUACAGGCUCUGGCCUGGGAUGUCUCGGCCACUGGGGUAAGGGAGCUGGGGGCCACCGCUCAGAGUCCCGGAUGCUUGAAGGGGAUGGGGGCUCUGACUACUGAUAGGGAUGUGUGGCUUGUAGUCACCCGAAUUCCUGGGUCCUGAAGGGGAAUAGAGUCUGGGGGACAGAGCCCUUGGUUUCCCUGGAGACCACAGGGCAUGACACCAGACUGUGGCCUGAAGGAAACUGAGGGGUCGGCCUCCUAGAAGGGGUUAUAUCGUGGUCUUCAAGGGAAAGGAAACCGGGUCUGUUGGUCAUCUAGCCCCCAGGGGAGAGAAGAGGUGAAAGCCUGGUCUCUACCCCAAUAGAGAUUCCAGUAUGGAGGACGGGGUCCGGGUACCCCCGGGAGCUGGAAUCUUUGGAUCCUCUAGGCUUCCUGGAGGAAAUGGGUCUGCAUCCAGCCUCCCAGCUCCUCAAGAGGCAGUGGUGUGGAAUCUUCAUUGGGGGUCUCACACUCCUGGCUCCCAAGAGGGCGGUAGACCUUGGUUUCUAAUUCCUUGGUGGUGGGAGGUCUCCAUCUACAGAGGGGAACAGGGCCGGGGCGGGGGAGGGGGGGGGGUUGUGCGAAAGAGCUGGAGAACAGCUCUUGGGGGAUAGAUAUCUAAUAUUUGUUGUUCUAGGGGCCUGGCGACCCAGAUUCCUUUCCCAGCUGUUGUGGGGAGGAUGGUCCCACAAAAAUGAAGAGGGGGAGGCAGGAGGUCCGGGCAUGGUGGGGCCUGCGGGUAGCCAGAGACCGGGAAUGAGGCCUCCUGGGUGUGGAAGGGCAGAGACCUCAGAGGUCUCUCCCACAAAUCCCUUAGGGAUUUGGAUCCCAGCAAUUGCCUUUCUCUGUGUGAGUUUGACUGGGAAAGGGAUAUGACUGCCCCCAUUUUAUAGGUGUGGAGUGAUUCAGGGGGUCUUUGGGGAGUCUCUAACUUUGUCCCUCUCUCCUCUAGCGGUUUCUAUCUCUUUUUGAUCUUGAUUUCUUCUGUCACUAAACCUAACUCUUUCUGGCCUUGGUAUUUUGUACUCCUGCCUUUUUGGGCUAAAGCAGCCAUAGUGCUGCACUAACCCAGACACUUCUGUGUUGGCUACCUCAGGUGUCCCCACGAGGUUCUGCCUUCUGGAGUACACAGAGUGCCGCAGAGAGCAAGAGGCCCACAGAACAGCUAGGUCGUGUUCCAGACCGCGGGAGUGCGCCGUGAGUGAAGCAAAGGCAGAAACCACAGUGCCUGGCUAUGUUC